AUGGACAAGAUAGAGCAUCUCAGAAAGGAGAUUGCGCAGAGAGAGGCUGAGCUGGCAGACUUGCGCGCGCGGCUAGCUGCGGAGGAAAAGCUGAGUUGCGCUGAGAGCGAGAAGAAGCUCGACGAUGAAGAGUGGAAGUGGCCGCUGGAGGAGCAUGACUAUCAGAGGUAUAGCAGGCAGAUGAUUGUGCCUAAUUUCGGGUUACAAGGUCAGCUCCAUGUAAAGCAUGCCAAGGUCCUUCUCGUCGGCGCCGGCGGCUUGGGCUGUCCCGCAGCGGCAUAUCUCGCCGGCGCUGGCGUUGGGACGCUGGGACUUGUGGAUGGAGAUGCUGUGGAAGUAUCGAAUCUUCAUAGACAGGUUGCGCAUGCGACGAGCAGGGUUGGUAUGAUGAAGGUUGAUAGCGCAGUGGCGUAUCUCAAAGGGCUGAAUCCAACCAUUACUUAUAACGCUCACGCCACUCAUCUCACGCCGCAGAAUGCCGAGGAAAUCGUCUCGCAGUACGACCUCGUCCUCGACUGCACUGACCAUCCCACCUCGCGAUAUCUCAUCUCUGACAUCUGCGUCCUUCUUUCCAAGCCGCUCGUCUCAGCUUCUGCUUUUCAGACUUCCGGCCAGCUCAUUGUACUCAACAACCCCCCUGGAAAAGGCCCCUGCUAUCGCUGCGUCUUCCCGAAGCCACCUCCCCCGGAGAGCGUCGUUGGAUGCGGAGAGGGAGGCAUCAUAGGACCCGUUGUGGGGACUAUGGGCGUGUUGCAAGCACUUGAGGCGAUCAAGUUGAUUGUGAAGGGAGAUCAUCUGAAGAAUGGUCUAAUAAAUGGAGAUGUAGAAGAAGUCAAACAGGUUGGCUUGCUGCUUUUCAGUGCCAUGGGCGAUGUGCCGUUUAGGACAGUGAGGAUGAGGGGCAAGAGAAAGGAAUGUUUUGCCUGUUCUGGAGAUGGCACGGCUUUGACGCUUAAUGAGCUCAAGACGUCAAUGGACUAUGUCCAGUUUUGCGGCGUCAACCAGCCCGUCAAGCUGCUUCAGCCUGAGGAACGUAUAUCCGUUGCCGAGUAUGAGCGCAUAUCACAGGAGCACAGGAGCCACUUACUCCUCGACGUAAGAGAAAAGGAGCAUUUUGGAGUAUGCAACAUCAAGGGGUCGAUCAACGUUCCCAUAAGCCGGUUCACAGCUCACCGCGGGCAAGGGUCGGAUUUGACGGACUUGAUACCGGCAGACGUCGCCCCCGAUUCGCCGAUAUACAUUGUCUGUCGCGUGGGCAACGAUUCACAGAUUGCGGCCAAGAAGCUGAAAGACCUGGGGGUGGACCGCAAUGGGGAGCGCUUUGUUGGAGAUAUUUUGGGCGGCUUGAAGGCAUGGAAGGAGACGGUUGAUCCGAGUUUACCAUUUAUAUAG